AUGACAAUGGUUAAUUCUACAACAUGUGAUGCUUAUCUACUACUAAUUAUUUUAAAAAUUCAGCCAGCUAUCCUAUUAAUAUUUGGCUUUGUUGCCAAUAUAAUUGCCUUUAUUGUUUUGGUUCAACCACGUUUACGUCGACGUCCAACAUUUUCCUAUCUUGCCUAUUUAUCGUUCUCCUAUGCCCUAUUAUCACUGUUACAUGCAUUUUUUUCAAUAUUAGUUGUUUAUUUCAAUUUGUCACUAGAAAAUCUUCCACUUGUCUACUGUCGAUUUUUAAAUCGAUUUUCAAUUGAUUUUCUCACACAUUUUUCUCUUUAUACCUUAACUGCCGUGGAUAUUGAACGAAUACGAACUAUAACAUCAAAAUCUGUACCACAAAGAUCAAAUCGUCAUACACAUAGUACGGGUAGUUCAACGACAUUUGUACGAGUAUGUUUCAUCCAAUUGGCAAUAGCUGCUAUUUUAUUCAUCAUUAAUUUGCACUGGUUAACAUCUUAUGGUUAUAAAAGUCGAGCGAAUGAUGGUAAUGAUGAUAAUAUCAUAACAAUGUGCACAGUCGAUAUUACAAAUCAAACAUCAUUUUAUUAUGUUCAAUAUGUAACAUUAAUAUUACCCCUAAUCGAAUGCAUCGUUUUUGGUAUAAUUCCAUUUACAAUCAGUGUUUUAGCUACAAUUAUUAUUUUAAAACAUGUUUCAACUAAAUAUUCCCGAUCUUAUCUAAAUAAACGAUUAAAAAAAUCUCGUCGUCGACUCGAAUUACAUUUGAGUAUAUUAUUAAUAUCGUUAAAUGUUGUUUUUAUUUUAUUUACAACCCCACACAAUGUUUACAAUGUCUAUAUGGGUAAUUUACAUAGACUAUUAAGUAAAAAUAACCUUGAACAUAAUUCAUUUUGUAAAGCAGCAGAAAUUCAAAAAAGUCUUGAUUUACUCCAACAAUGUUAUUUUAUGUCAACAUUUUUUCUUUAUAUAUUGACAAAUCGUCGAUUUCGUGAAGAGUUUAGUAAUUUUAUUUUAUGCAACAGAUCAAGAUUAUCAGUAACAGCAGCAACUACAAUAAUAAUCACAGCAAAAACGAAUAAUCAUAACUCAUUUGGACAAUCGCCUAAUCGAUUACGUUCCGUUUGUCAAGUAGAUGGGUGUAUGGAAUCAUGUUUAAGUUCAACCGAUUUAAGUGUAAUGGUCAAAGCUCAUUGA